AUGGAGGUCCUUCAACACGAGAAUUUCUCUAUGAGAAUGCUAGACGAAAAUAUCAUUGUACCACGCAAAACGUUCGUCGGAGAUUCCAACUCCGAUCCAGCACCAGCCAAUAUCAUCACCGGAAGACUGAUCCUCACGUUUGUCGCGCAGCACAACACCAUGAACAUGACAGGCCAAGCGCGCAUCAUCUGCCCUUCUCCAAAUACUGCCUUGGUGAAAUAUUCACAGAAGAGGAGCUAUGUUCCGGCAACCUGCAACCUCCCCCGACCCAACAUCUUCCCCUUUCUCGACAGCGUGUGGACACCAGGACCAGAUGUUCAGCGCCACAUCUUGGGGGCCAACUCCAUCUAA